CCGAACAAUAAACAUUACGUGUAGAUAAAUAUAGAAUCAUAUGCACUUCUAAUGCAAUGGCGGAUAAAUGCGCAUAAAAAUUCCUCACACGAAGAAAGGCACGUAAAAAAGAUAUAGGAUGUAGAAAGUAAGACCCAUCUCGACACAAAUGGAGAGACUUUUUAUAAUAACGCUGCUAUUCUUGAGUUCUCUCUCAGUCCCGUUACCAAAAUGGGUAUACAGAGUAAAGUCCUGCCCGGAACCAAACAAUAUAACGGCCUGGAAGGAGGCCUCUAAACAGUUGAAUUGUCUCUAUGAACUGACUUCAACAAAACCCGAAGAACAAGGGGGAAUCUACCAUUGUCUAGCCAGUACUUAUCUCAACGAAUCUGUGGAAUUUUGUGGAAGAAGUGUACCUGUUGCACCAGGAAAUUGCCCCAUCUACAACUACAUGUUUUCAAGUAAUACAGCAGCUAGCUAUUAUAACUGUUCAAAAUUUUUAAAUGGAUGUCCAAAUAAAAUGAUCCAUUCAAAAGAAGUAUACAAAUACCAUGCAUGUCUGAGUAUUAAUCCAGAAAAGAAAUGCUUCAACGCAGAUGUAAACUGCGAAAAGGAAACUAAAGACAAACCCACUCUUUCAACAACCAAACAAACAACUGAUAUUACACCGAAAAAUACAGUUUUCACUGUUGGAUUAUCGAGAAACGAGACAAACCCUGAGGAGAAAAGAGAAAAUGUAAUACCCAAUAGGCAAGUUCAAGUUUUUAUGAUUUUUGUUAUAAAUUUUUAUCUUUUCAGAGACAUGCUCUGGUUGUUACCGAUCGGGGUUCUUUUAGGAGCUAUUAUUGUAGGCAUUAUAAUAAUUAUAAUCCAAAGAAGGAAACUAAUCAAGUGUUUGAAAAAAAUUAGGAUGAAAGAAACAUACAUGGUUGAUGAUGCAACACAAAUGAAACAAUUAUUGCCCAUCCCACGUACGAUGAACAACGAUCCAACAGAUAAUGAUAGCAAAGAAAAUGACACUGACAAUACAGCCAGCAAGGGGAGCGAUUCUGCAAUAGGGUCAUCGGACUCGGAUUUAGAUAAAAAUGAAGAUAACUGUGAUCCAAAAACAUCACACAAAGAAAAUGAAGAAAAGAGAUUUUCAAAUAAGGUGAAGGAAAGAGAUGAGAAAAGAAGAGCUAAGCAAACGUCCUGUGACAUCAAAAUAGAAAAUGAAGAAAGUAAAUCUGGUAAAACUAUCAGAGGCCUAAGUGCAUUUACCAGAUUCUCCCGUAACAAAGAAUUCAGUGACUUCUUGCAGGAUACAAGUGAAGAAAUGUCAGCUGAAACGACAGGAAAAAUGAAGGAACUUUUAAAAGACCGCAUGUGUGAUCCUGAUCCUGAAUUAGAUAAUGUGAGGACACCGAAGGAGUUACUAGAGUACAUGGAUAAUAAGCUGUCUUUGUACAAUAAUGUAACAAUACUUCAAGCAUACGCCUUGGCAAUUAAACCUCCCGAUGAAAAUAUGUACAAAAAAUGUUUACAUUACUCAAAGAGCAGAAAUGAUGAGAUGUUUUACUUUGAAAAAACCAAAUCUAAACUGAACGGUUAUGAAAAAGUGGUGUUUCAUAUUCAUUGUAAGAAUAUCGCUUCAUACAACAAAGGUGAGCUAGAUACACUGCGAAAAGACCUUGCUACAUUUCUACGAGCUGAACCAGAUGAUGUUAUACUUGUUGGUAUACAACAAGGAAGCAUUAUACUCACAUUUAUGGUCAGGGAUAAAUUAAUACCUUCCCUGAGGUCAAUAUUUUCUGAGAGAAAUUCCUGGAAGUACAUCACAUAUCGAAUGCUGAUUUUACGACAUUUGACCUUCAGAGUUUUCAAAAUAUUUAUCGGGGAUGAAAUCGUUUAUGAACCAGAAAUAGCACCUAAAGAGCUACAUGAUGUGAAUCAAGAAAUGAUGCGUGAUCAAGUCUCAGGAGGCAGAGAUGAGAAAAUGAAUGCUGAAGAAGACAAAGACCAAAAACAAACAGCGAUUGUCAAAGAAGAACAAGAAGAACUCGAAAGAAAUUCGACUAUGAAGAAUUUUCUAGAGGAAUUAGCAGGUUCAAUUACUGACGAUGUUUUAGCUUCAAUGAAAGAGGUCCUAAAGGGCAUUUUAGAAGAAGAAGCGAUGAAGGGAUUGAAUGCACAAGGACUUUUGAACAACUUAAAAGAGGAUUUUAAAAUUGAGUAUAAUAUCUGUUUCCUGCAAUGGAUUUUUGAGAAAUGCUCUGUGCAUGAACUGAGCACUAGAUGUUCUGAUUUUGCUUCGAAGCACCAGCAUCUUUUUCCACUAAUUUACUUCGAUUCAAAUUUGUCAGAGAAAGAGGGGGAUGAGAAACAUUGCGUUAGAGUGUAUGUCGAGAAGGAGUUGGAAAAAUGUCAGACUGAAGUGAAUGAUAUCAGAAAUAUGUUGGCUAAAGAACUUGAUGUUGACAGUGGUGAAAUGGUCAUCGUUGGAUUAGAGAAAGGGUCUGUUACUAUUGUUUUCCGGCUUUUAGAAUCAUCUACCACAGAUUUUAUGUCACGUAUCAAUAAUGAAACGGACGAGUUUUCAGUCCAUUUAUCUCGAAAGGGAGUUCGUAGAAUCAGAAGUGGUCAAGACGCAGUCGUGAUCAGCACUGAUAAAAUUCCAGAAUUCGUUCAUCUCCACUUGACCAAUACGCACGAAGGAAAUACUUUUAAAAAUAUGAAGGUAGCAGUUUCAACUGUACUUCGCAAAUUGAAGAUUUCAAUGGAUAAACCAAAAGUGUUUCUCCGAACCAAACACAAGCCUAGUCAAACAGAAAAUGACAGUUGCCUUUCGGAAAGACCACUCUUACUGGACGAAAUGGAACCCAUGGAUCUUUUGAACAACAAACAAAUACGGAAAGCACUUGGAAAUACAGACAUCACAAUUAUACUGUCGAGUCAAACCCGUAAAGAAAAAAUCAAGACUUUCUUGGGUAUUGUAGAAACGUUGCCUAAACAGAAAAGAGAUGAGUUGUGGAAGGUCAUAUCUGAAUAUAUAGAACGUCCAAGAGACCAAUGUAAAAAGAGGAAUUGCUCUAUUAAUUCAUAUGAAGACCAAGGGACACUACCAAGUGAGGUAGAAAUACUGGAUGAGCUUAAUACGCAGAUGAUGGUCGAAACUUUUGAAAAAAUUGGAAAUGUACCCAAAGAUAUAGAGCAGAAAUGCAACAGUGCUUCAGGCGAAAGUCGCAGAAAAAGAGCAGAAAUGUUUUGGAAUUUUAUCAAAGGAAACGAAAAGAAUCGGGAGAUUUUCAAAGAAGUUUGGAAUCUCCGCCAGUGAUUAUUUGAAUUGUUUACUAAUUUUAGUGAAAGGGGGGGGGGUGUUACAACAUGCAAAUGCAGACAUAUUUACGCAAAUGAACACGGUUUAUUCAAUCGGUCUUGUUUUAUUGGAAGAAAAUUCUGUACAUUUUCAUUUGAAAUACAUAAUCUGUGGACUGCAGUUUACAUUGGAUAUGUCCUGAAGUUUGAACAUAUUGUAUGAGAAUUUGUACUCUUUAAUGUCGUUGUUUCCGCCAAUUCGGGCAAUACAUAUCAAAUACGCAUGACAUAUUGUAUAAAGGAUUUUUUUAGCGUGCAUUUUACCGUCUAAAGUUUUUCAUAGUUUCAAAUACAACCAUUUCUCAUGAGAAAUUCAAGGCUUGCAUUGACAGCUGUAUUUUCUAUAAAAUUGGAACUCGUAA